AUGCGAACUCGAUCGAGUCGGUCUACUGAAGACUUGGUCGAGCUAGACAUUACAACGGGUAGAAAGAGGGUUCAGAGGUCACAGAGGGUACAAGAGGAACCUGAGGUGCUUGUUGCUGAUACAAUGGAUGUACCAGAGGGGAAUGGAAACCCUUUGGGCAAUGGACUCGGUCGAGCUAGGCAAACUCGACCGAUUGGUCAAGGAGAUGCUCCAAACCGCCACCAACAGAGACAAGGGAUUGUUCCACCACCAGUGCAGAACCACAACUUUGAGAUCAAGCUGGGAAUGAUCAACCUUGUCCAGAACAAGAUGUUCCAUGGAUUGCCAAGUGAAGACCCCAUUGACCACCUUGAUGAGUUUGAUAGGCUUUGUGAUUUGACAAAGAUCAAUGGUGUCUCUGAAGAUGCCAUCAAGCUGAGACUCUUUCCUAUGUCUCUAGCUGACAAAGCUCACCAAUGGGAGAAGAGCUUGCCCCAUGGCACAAUCACCACUUGGGAUGAAUGCAAGAAGGCCUUUCUUGCUAAGUUUUUCUCCACCGGUCGCACAGCCAAGCUUAGAGGAGAGAUAUCCAGCUUCAUCCAGCGAAACAAUGAGACAUUCGCAGAGGCUUGGGAGAGGUAUAGGGAGAUGCUAGACACAGCUAGCAAUGGGAACUUCCUCAACCAGGAUGUAGAUGAUGGCUGGCAACUUGUGGAGAACAUGGCCAUAUCAAAGAAGCUAUGGAGAGAGUAUGAGUACAGACUGGAGCUCGACCGCGCACUCGAUCGAGCUGGACGCUCAGAUGAGAAAGACAUGCUUGCACUCAACUCGAAGUUGGACAAACUGAUCCUAGCCAAUUCCCUGCCAAGCAUGUCAACUAUGUCUCAGAACAAACCUAGUCAAGGACCAGGAAGGGGAGGAACAACACAAGAAGUUUGCUACAUUCAAAAUAGACAAGGAAGCUAUAGGAAUCCUCAACAAGGGCGAUACAACAAUUAUCAAGCCCCCUGGCCGCACUACAACAAAGCUGCAUCAUCCUCUUCACCACAAGAAUAUGCCCAAGCAGUUACACUAAGAAGUGGAAAGCAAUUCCCGAGUAGAGGUAGCCCACCCCAAAUCGCUGUGGACAUCGAUGACGAGGAAGGGGAGGAUUUAGUCGACUAUGCUGAUAACUCGACUCCGAACUCGAUCGAGCUGGAACAAAACCCUGAACCAGAACUCGAUCGAGCUGAAGAAACUGAGACACUGCAAGACAAACCAGAGCUCGAUCGAGCCCAGAAGAGAGCAGACAAAGCAAACUCCAGCCAACCAGCUAAACCUGUUGCAAAGAAGAAAGACACUCCAGCAGGACCACCACCAUACAAGCCCCCUCUGCCCUUUCCAGGAAGGUUCAAGAAACAACUGUUGGAAGCACACAAGGCCAAGUUUGAUGAACUAAUGAGACAGCUUGAGUUGAAGUUGCCCUUCAUCGAUGCCUUGAUGCUCAUUCCGCCUUAUCAGAAAUUUCUGAAGGAUGCUGUUCAGCAAAGAACCAGGGAAGCACAAGGGAUGGUAGUGUUGACCCGCGAGUGCAGUGCAAUCAUUCAGCGGAAGGCAUCUCCGACAAAAAGGAAGAUCCGGGGAGUUUCACUUUGCCCUGCAUGUUAG